CUCAAUUGCAGUAAAACCCUCAUGCAUAUGUAGUCGAGUAGCAGCAACAGCAGCUGUGACCAGCCAAAAGAAGAAAACGAAGCGGAUGCAGAAGUAGUCGUCGUUUUGAUCUCUGCGUCUCUCUCUGCAAUUCUAUCUCUCUCUCUGCUCCGGCGGGCCGCCGCGGCGUCGUCGUCCUCGUCUUUUUUGCCGAUUUGCUCUUUUUUUCGUCGUAGUCGUCACUUAGGCUCUGCUCGUUUUGAGCCGCCUAUAUUUAUUUUCUAUUUUUAUUUGAACAACAGACUACUAUGUGAUAAAAGAGAUAUGAUAUCAUUUUAUCAAUUUCCAUGAAGAGAAAAUGCUGAAAAAGCUUUGGAUUUGUAUCUCCUGCAUUGUCACUACUGCUCUCUCGGACCACAUCACAUUCUCCCCGCCCGAUGAAGCAUUCGUAUUAUUUCACAGUCAUCAAAACACAAAUUUUACAUCUGUAUUUGUUCAGGAUGGUUGUCCGAAUAGUCGAAAUCUCAUGGCGACCGUUUACUCUGCAGAUUUGUCAUCUUCAAGACGGGUUUUUGAAGAAAUCCCGUUGCAUUGUGCGGUCAGAGUCAGGAUUAUUACGGAGAAAGUUGUCGUGACGAGACCCUAUGUUGAUUUACUGGCAGUUGUAGACGAGUCACUUUCUCGUCAUGUCGGAGCAAUUUGUGUGCAUGCUCAACUAACUUCAUCAACUUCUGCAAUCGAGCUCGGAAAAUGCUACCUAAACCGUCACGAAGAUCAAAAAUCGAGCUGCGUUAUCCGAAUCCCCGUACCAUUUUCAUGGUUCCCAGUGGAUCAGAAUCGAACAAGUGUGCUCUCAGUCUCCUAUACUGUAUCCGAAAAAUGUGAUCAAAACUUCCAUGAUCUACCACAACAUUUGAUUGAAGUCAACUCCCGAAUCGCCAAACAGAAAAUCGAUUGGCUCGCCAACGCUACAGAAACAUCAGUAACACUACUAUCUACGGCGAGCCAGGCGUUUUCUCAAAAUUCAAUGCAAACAUUGUUUCUUCACGUCAAAAGUUGGGCAAAUGAAACACAGCCAAUGGAAAUUAGACUCUGGGUCGACUCCCGAAUGAGCAUCGAAACCGUCUACCCGACAAGCUCCAACUGGACAAUUCGAGUCUCCUCAGCCAGCCGACCAUUCUUCUACACCUCACUUGUCUGCACACCGAAAGAAAGAAUGACCGGGUUUAAUGACAAUAUCGUGGCUAUUCUUAUCAAAAUGGUAUCAUCAACUGACGCGAUUAAGGAUGACGUCAUUCUUCACUGGCAUGUGAUCCUGGGCCCGAAAAGCUCGGAACCCCCACCAGAUGAUCAUAAAGUUGCGACCAAGUUUAGCGUUAUCGCGGAUGAAGUUGCCGCAGUUGUUAUUGUGCCGAAGAGAAAAGAACUCAUGAAUCUGGCGGUAAUAUCUGGGAUCCAAGUGACGUCAUCCCUCCGAAUCUUCACCAUAUCCAUUGGUGCAAAAGCAGAAGACGUCACAACCCAAUCUCAUUGUAUUUCUUCCGAUGCAAACAUUAUCAAAGUCUCACCAACUUGCUCAUCAGUAUACCUAGAUGGUUCUGAAUCAAAUGGAUCUUCAGAUGCUCAAGUCUAUGCACACUAUCUUAGAUAUACAACGACCUACUCAUUUCGAGUCUGGUUUCCAAAACUUCCGCUCAAAAUUUGGAUGAGUAGCUCGACACUUUCAACGAUAAAAAAUUGGAAAGUCGGGUUUUGGAGGGAUCUUCCAUUGGGUGGAGGUGUCAAAAGAUCACGGGCAGCUAGGCAAUUCGCUUGUGUUAAUCGAUUCCAACAUUCUCAUGUGAAAGUACUUGCGUCUUUAUGGAUUGAAGAUAUUAAAACAGGAGAUCAAUUAUAUUUAUCAUCACAUAAAAGUAUAUUAUUUGAUGUCACGAAUAUUGUGCAUAACACCUUGCAAAUCUCCAAUCGAACUGUUGCAAAUGUCAAGUUUUAUGAAGGAAGAGCAAAAGUUAUUGGAGAGAAUGUUGGGCUUGCUAAAUUAAUCGUCAGAAACGCGAAAAAAUCAAUGGAUCUUGUGUCUGAGAACAUUUCAGUCCAAAAUAAAGAAGUGAGCACAACAGGGCUCUCGGCUCGUCCGAUCUGUGACACAAGCUUCCGAAUUCUGCCGAUUCUCUUCUCUCCGGCUUUCUUCAAAGUGGAAAUUGCUCAUUCAAAGUCACUAACAAAGCUCUAUCAACAAUGCUCCAUUUUCGCAAGUGUCAGCUAUUCAGAUGCCACGUGGGAGCCACUAAAUGACCUGGAUUCUUCAUAUUUCGAAAUGUCGGCUCAUUCGGAUAAUGAAAGAGCACUUGCAGUGUCACAUCAUGCUUCAAAAGUUCAUGUAAUUGCAAUUGAUGAGAAUUGGCCUCUACCGGUUGUUGAGAUAUCUCUACAAAGUUCUGCACAAUGUGCAUCUACAAUUAAUGGAGCAUCGCCUGCCGCGUUAGCGGUUACCGUACUCAAUGUGCCUAUUAAAAUCAAUAAUUCUUUCCCCUCAGCCACUGACCUGGAUUCAAGCUUCUCAACUACCAUAGCACCUUCCGAUUCACUUCCAUCCAUCCCAUUUCACAUUUUUGUGCUCACAAUUAUCGGAUUAAUUAUACUUUUCUUAUUUAUUUCAUUUGUACGGAGAUCCGCAGCGUUCAAGGGGUAUGAGCAACUCGUGGUACCAUUUUUCUCGCGGUUAUCCUCAUCGUCGGGCUCAAAUUCCAGACAGGAAGAGACAAAUGAAUGGGUAUGGCUCAGUCAGCCACAGCCGCCAUCCUCCACUAUAAGUUCUGGGUAUUCUGGAAACAAGUCGACCGCAGAACGGCAAUCGUCAAAUGGUGACGACCCGUCAAGAACGAGCAUCUCGUAUCACGGUUCUGAAAUUUCGGUUUUCAUUGCACCGUCGCAGGGAAAUGUCGUGGUAAACCAAUCCUCCCGUCACCCUCGCUACACUCUCGUCGACUCGAAUUCCGAUCAUAAUUUGGCUCGAAUAGUUCCAAAAGAAGAUCGAUGGACAACUGGAGGACACGAACAAUUUCAUACGUGGACAUGGAAGCAACGCGGGGGCGGGGGCGGAAGAAUGAUGGAAGCUCCGAUUCGUGAGAGCAUUGCUUGAUGAGCACGAGGAAUAAUUAUUUUAAUUUAUUUAUUUUGUAAUUUUUAAAUUAAAUUGUUUUAAAUUGUCGUCGGGUUCGGAAAAAAAAGACUUCAAAAUUUUCAAUAAAAAAUUAAAAAAAAAAACAAACAAAA